UCGGCUGAGCUUCGUAACAAAUGUAGACGCAGCAGCUGCGCUGCACAGAACACCGAGCAAUCGGUUUAUAGAAUAGAGCUGCGUUACGAGCUAAAUAACGGGCAUUAAAAAAAAAAAAAAAUUAAUAAUAAUAACAUUAGUAAUAAAUGUACAUUCGGAUCCUAAUGGCCUGCUAAUAUUGAUAUUUUGGCGCGUUUCUGUGCGGAUCGGCGGCCGUUAUUGUAGCAGCGUUAUUUACCUCAGAAAAACCGAACCGAACACCGCGGAUAUUUCACCGGAAUAUUACGUAUUUACGGUGAGCAGGAGAACCGUUCGCCACACACCGUCACCCGCUCGGUUCACAGAUCACGGGGUUCUCGGAUGGAGCGGAACACCGAGGCGAGGAGUCACGGAUCGCGGUCCCGGUGUGAGGAGCUCCUCCGCGGCGACGCGUCCAUGAGCGUAUCGAUCAGCUCCACCACCGGGAGCCGCUUCGAGCUGUCCGUUCCUCUGGAGGAGACCGUGGAGGGGCUCAACCGGAGACUGUCCGAGAAACUCCGGGUUCCGAGGGAGCGACUGCUGCUGCUGCACCGAGACACGAGGUUAAACUCGGGAAAGCUGCUGGAUUUCGGUGUGGCUGACGGGAGCAGACUCACGCUGGUGCCCACGGUUGAAGCCGGACUGAUGUCGCAGUCGUGCCGCUCGGAGCAGUCGGUCCUGCAGGCGCUGGAGACUCUCUCAGACGCUCAGGUCAGUGACUUCCUGUCGGGACGGUCCCCGCUGACCCUUGCCCUGCGUGUGGGCGAUCACAUGAUGUUUGUGCAGCUCCAGUUGGCAGCUCAGGCGUCUGGAGGACAGCCGUCCAUUUCCAGGGGUCCUACGGGCCCCAACCAGAUGCAUACAGGGGCCGUCAGCAGUGGAAACCCCUCAGACUCACAGCAGCGGGAACAGGACGUCUUCUCUGCCCCGCCCUCAUCUCAGGAUUGCCACGCCCACAGCACUCAAAGCCCUGCCCCUGCUCUUCACUCACAGCAUGUUUGCCACACCCACAGCACUCAAAGCCCCGCCCCUGCUCCGCCUUGCAUUCAGGCUGAAGGCAGCAGACAGCGAUGCAAACCCGGCGCCGUCAUCGAGAGCCUGGUCAAUCAUUCGCCGGGAGUUUUCUCAGGAACCUUCUCAGGUACUCUACACCCCACCUGUCAGGACAGCAGCGGGGAUCGUCGCCGUGACGUCAGCACCAUUCUGCAGAUCCUCAACGACCUCCUGAGCGCCACACGGCUUUACCAGAGAUCUCCUCCGACGCUGACGCACCUCCGCUGCCCUCCGACCUCACACACACCUCCACCCUCGCCGACCUCAGACCGGCCGCAGCCACAGCCACAGCCGCAUGCACACCUGUGCAGGCCCUCCGGUGAGUGUGUGUGA